CAGAGACAAUGCAGUGAGUACAUCACUUGGAUCAACUGUCAAUUGAAAAAAAGAUCAGACACAAAACUGGUUGAAGACCUCACAAAAGACUUAUGUGAUGGAAUUGUAUUUGCACAACUUAUUAGGAUUGUUGGUAGGCAGAAGAACUAG